AUGAUGGUACCCACAAGUUGUGGGUUUGGGACGCUGAAGGAGAUGGUCAAAAGGAUAGUGCUAGGCCAGGGUCUUGCAUUCCUCAUCUCCUUCACCGGUGUCUCUACGACGAAGCUUGUCAACAACAACGCAAGCUAUCCCGUACUUCAGUCUGUCACAGCAUACGCAUUCAUUUUUGCAGUUUAUUUCCCAGUAUUUCUCUUUAUACUAUACAAGUACCGCAGUCAACCAUUCUCGAACUUUAGAUUUUUCAACCGUUGGUGGAAAUACGCGAUACUGGCUGUGAUUGAUCUCGAGGCUAACUACGUCGUGGUACUUGCCUAUCAGUACACGAACAUGACUUCCGUCCAGCUUCUCAACUGCUUCACCGUACCAUGCGUUCUGGUACUAAGUUUUUUUUUAUUGCGAAUGAAAUUUGCGGUUACUCAUGUUGUUGGUGGAGUGAUCGCGAUUGGAGGCCUCGCGUUUCUUAUUGCACUUGACGCUGAUGGCCUUUCCCGUAGCGCGGGUGGGAACCAGGAAGUUCUCGGGGACAUCUUGUGCUUGAUUUCAAGCUUGCUGUACGCGACAAGCAAUGUACUGACGGAGUGGUUUGUAAAGCCAUCAACACCAGCUUUUAUGUUCAGCUGCUGCUGUGGAAAUCGAAGUUGUGAGACAAGGAAUGCUACUACAUCUGCAUUACCUUCAGCCAACAUUCAGGAGCCCACCUGCACGUUUCCAGACAAAGAGGAUGUGGGCACGGCAGAAAAUCAUUUACAGGUCUCUGCUUUCAUUCCAGUAGUGGAGAACCUGGCAAUGAUGUCCUCGUUCGCCUUGGUCUUUUCAACAAUACAGUUUUUUGCAAUAGAGUGGAAAGCGUUCAAACCAAAUCGUAGCUCCUGGACAGGGCAAGACUGGUUGUUUCAGAUGGUGUUUGGUGUCACAAUGUUGCUUGUUUACACUAUCAUGCCGAUUAUGUUUAUCGUUUCCAGUGCAGCUUUCGCAAACAUAUCCUUACUGACUGCGAACAUCUACGCCAUUAUAUGGAACGUCACAAUUUUCAAGAUAUAUCCUACUAAGUUGUUUUUUGUUUCGUAUGCUAUUAUUGUCGUCGGCAUCAUCUUGUACAAUUUGACUGACAUUGUACGGAUUCCCUUCUGCUAUCGCUGGAACUACCCCUGUGGUGAUCCGUUCAAGGAAAACGGAAAAAAGAUGGAAGAGGAUUCAGAGGAACAGGUGCAUGAAGCAGCAAAAGGCCAGGCCCAGCGCGAGGCAGAGUUCACUUCAACUGAGUCUAGUAGUGGAAAGCAGGGGGACGCCACAGGAAGGGUGACAAGCGGUGGAGCUUGUGAAUUGCAUCGCUCACAAAGGGAAUGA